AUGGAAGAAGGAUAUUGGUUGGAUAGAAUCCCAGAACCGCAUCGAUCAGCGAUUAAGAAUGAUAUGGCCAGAUAUGUUAUGUGAGUUUUGAAUUGGGGCCUGUGAUUUUUUUUCACUUCAUUUUUCAUGGCCAGAAAUUUGUUUUUUUCCAUGAAAAUUGUCGUUUUCAAAAAAAAAAUGCAAAAAAAAUAAAAGGAAACAACGAGACUCCGCGUUGACGACAACGCGCGCGCGCGUGGUUUGAAUUUGUUUUUUUCUCAAUUUUUUUUAAAUAAAUAAAAAACCGUUUUUUGCAGCACAAAGGAAGAAGAAACACAUAAACAAUUCAUCGAAUCAGUAAGAUAUCAACCAAGAUUAGACCAAGUUAAAGUGGUUAGUUCUUCAAAACGUCUUUUUUUUCAAAACAAACAAAAACCCGGUUUUCUGCAGAGCGUCAAUAUUAGUAUUCAAUUAACACCGAGAUACGAAUAUUGGAUAUCAUUUCAAGACGAAUCGAAUAAUAAAUCUCGAAUAUUUCAUGGAGUAAAUGAUAGAAGUUUUGGAGAUCUUGCGAUUAAAGAGGGAAGUUGUAUUGAUACGUCGCAUGAUUGGAUUAUUAAUUUUUUCGAGCAGUCGACUGGUGUCCGAUUUUUACAUGUUUAUAUUGCACCGGUGAGUUGGGGGGAAAAUCGGGGGAAAAUUUGAGACCGGAGUUUUAACUCUAUUGAAAAGGGCUGAUUCAUGAACGAAAAAAAAAGUUUUUUUAAUAUCAAAAGAUCAAUUCACGAAAAGUCAAAAACAUUGUAGGUCAAAAUUAGUUUUUCGAGUUUUUCAGUCAAAAAUGAUGACAUAACAAUAUUUUUGAAGCUUCUGGAGUAAUUUCUGAUGAAAAUAAGCUUCGAGAACCCUAUUUUGCUUCAUUUUAUGCAUUUUUUCGAAACUCAUCAAAAUUUAAAAUUGUUUUUAUUUUACGAAAAAUCAGCAAAACCUUCUGGAUAGUGAAAAGGCAUUUUUAAUGGAAAAUUUUCACUGUUUCAUCUUUUCUCAAAGAAAAAUCACGAAGAAUUACAAUUUCUCGCCAAAAAGUUAAAAUUUUAUAAAAAAUCUGGGGCUGAAAAUCUACGAGUAAAAAUCUCACCAACAAAAAUUAGAAGCGCGCACCGGGGAUCGAACUCGUGACUAUAGUUGGACAACGACUCGACUUGAGUCGACUCGAGUCGACUUGGAGUCGAGUCGUUUGGAAAAUACCUUUCGACUCGACUAACGACUCGAGUCGUUUAGUCGAAAAGGUGAGUCGAUUAGAAAAUGACUCGAGUCGAGUCGAAUGGUUUUUUUCGACUCGACUCGACUCCGAUGGUCAAUUUACUCAUGGUGAGUAGGGGUUUUGUAAUAUGGUUAAGGUGUUGGCUUAGAUGGUGAAUAUUGGAUGGUGAUUGGAUGGUGAUUGGUGGACAUGGUGAUAGUGCACCAAUCACACCAAUUGCGCCAAUAAUGGUAAAUUGGUGUGAUUGGUGCAGUUGGCGCAAUUUUAACCAAUUGUGGAAUUGGUGGAUGGUCGAAUUGGCGAAUGGUGGAUGGUCGAAUUGGCGAAUGGUGCAAUUCACCAAUUGGUUUAGUUGGUGCAAUUUCACCAAUUGGUGUAGUUGGUGCAAUUUCACCAAUUGGUGUAGUUGGUGCAAUUUCACCAAUUGGUGUAGUUGGUGCAAUUUCACCAAUUGGUGUAGUUGGUGCAAUUUCACCAAUUGGUGUAGUUGGUGCAAUUUCACCAAUUGGUGUAGUUGGUGCAAUUUCACCAAUUGGCGCAAUUGGUGCACCAAUGACCAAAUAUACCAAUCACACCAAUUGGCGAAUUCCACCAUCCACCAUUCGCCAAUUCCACCAUCCACCAAUUCAACAAAUUCCACCAAUGGUUAAAAUUGCGCCAACUGCACCAAUCACACCAAUUUACCAUUAUUGGCGCAAUUGGUGUGAUUGGUGCACUAUCACCAUGUCCACCAAUCACCAUCCAAUCACCAUCCAAUAUUCACCAUCUAAGCCAACACCUUAA